GCAGGAUGGGGUCCUGGCUGGGCUUUGCCCUGCUGUGCUGGACACUCAGUGGGGUGGCCUGUUACAACCCCUGGGAUUUCUCCAGGAGCGACUCAGCCAUCUGGAGACCCACCCCCAGGGCUGAGCCCCCUCGCAGACAGGCCCAUGUGGCCUCCCCUGCCCAUCCCUACGCCUGGGCUCGGGUUGAUGCUUCCCAGCUCCGGGCUGUGUCCCUGGGGCAGCCUGUGACGGUGCAGUGCGAGGAGGCUCAGAUGGUGAUCACGGUGCACAGGGAUCUGUUUGGGACCGGGCAGCUGAUCAAAGCUGCUGACCUGAGUCUCGGCACGGCCGCCUGCCCGUACACGUCCCUCGGGGCUGCGGAGAACACGGUCACCUUUGCAGCUGGCCUCCAUGAGUGCGGCAGCACCUUGCAGAUGACUCCAAACUCCUUGGUCUACAGCACAAGCCUGUUCUACAACCCCAGCCCUGCCAGCAACCCAGUGAUCCAGAGAACCAAUCCAGCUGUGAUUCCUGUUGAGUGUCACUAUCCCAGGAAGGACAAUGUGAGCAGCAGAGCCAUCAAGCCAACCUGGGUCCCCUUCAGCUCCACCUUGUCUGCGGAGGAGAGGCUGGGUUUCUCCCUGCGCCUGAUGAACGAUGACUGGAGCGCCGAGAGACCCUCCAGUGGCUUCCAGCUGGGAGAGCUCAUGCACAUCCAGGCUGAUGUCAGCACUGAGAACCACGUGGCUUUGAGGCUCUUUGUGGACAGCUGCGUGGCCACCCUGAGCCCAGACAGGGACUCUUCUCCCCGCUACGCAAUCAUUGACUUCAAUGGCUGCCUGGUGGACGGGAGAUCAGAGGACAGCACCUCAGCCUUCAUUUCCCCCCGGCCCAGGCAGGACUCGCUGCAGUUCACCGUGGAUGUGUUCAAGUUCGCUGCAGACGCCAGCAACCUGAUCUACAUCACCUGCCAUCUGAAAGUCACGGCUGCUGAGCAAGCCCCCGACCCCUUGAACAAGGCCUGCUCCUUCAGCAAAGCUGGCCAGACCUGGCUUCCCGUGGAAGGCACCAGAGACAUCUGCAGCUGCUGUGAGACGGGCGCCUGCGGGCUGCUGGGAGGCCAGUCCAGGAGAGCGAACCCCCUGGACAGGUGGUCGGGGUGGCGCUUCCAAAGAGACGUGCCCCCCGGGCAGGGCGCGUCCGGGGGCAGAGACGUCCAGGCUGACAUUGCAGUUGGACCCGUGUUCAUCCUUGGCCCAGGCUCACGGGGUCUCCGGGAAGGAGGGCGGGAAGCUCCCCAGGGUGCUGCAGGGGAGCACGGCGCCAUGGUGGGCCUGGUUUCCACGGCAGCAGCCGUAGCCGUGGCCUGGUUUCCAUGGCUGUGGCGAUAGCUCCGGCCUUUCCCCGUGUAGUCGCCUCCUUCGCCCGGGAACGCAACCG